AUACUGUCCCCCUCUCCUUCCUUUUUGUGUUGUCCUUAGCCUUUGCUGUCUGUUGCUCCCACAGAGUUCCUUCUAUUGUUUCCUUUCUUCCUUAUUUCCUCCCUGCUCUACAUGUCAUCUCCUUUCUUUCCAUUCAGGACUAUGAGAGCAAACUGCAGGCCUUGCAGAGGCAGGUCGAGACUCGCUCUCUGGCAGCAGAAACAACGGAAGAGGAGGAGGAGGAGGAGGAGGAAGUUCCUUGGACACAGCAUGAGUUUGAGUUGGCUCAGUGGGCCUUCCGGAAAUGGAAGUCUCACCAGUUUACUUCAUUGAGAGACUUACUCUGGGGCAAUGCAGUAUACCUAAAGGAAGCCAAUGCCGUCAGUGUGGAACUGAAAAAGAAGGUGCAGUUUCAGUUUGUUCUGCUGACUGAUACACUGUACUCCCCUCUGCCUCCUGAAUUACUUCCCACGGAGAUGGAAAAAACUCACGAGGACAGACCUUUCCCUCGUACGGUGGUGGCAGUGGAAGUCCAGGAUCUGAAGAACGGAGCAACACAUUAUUGGUCUUUGGAUAAACUCAAGCAGAGACUGGAUUUAAUGCGGGAGAUGUAUGACAGAGCAGGCGAAAUGGCUUCUGGUGCCCAAGACGAAAGCGAAACGACCAUGACCGGCAGCGAUCCAUUCUAUGAUCGGUUCCACUGGUUCAAACUUGUGGGAAGCUCCCCUAUUUUCCACGGCUGUGUGAAUGAGCGCCUUGCCGACCGCACACCCUCCCCCACUUUUUCCACGGCCGAUUCCGACAUCACUGAACUGGCUGACGAACAGCAGGAUGACAUGGAGGAUUUUGAUGAUGAGGCAUUCGUGGAUGACACCGGCUCUGACGCAGGGACGGAAGAGGGAUCAGAUCUCUUCAGUGAUGGGCAUGACCCAUUUUACGACCGAUCCCCUUGGUUCAUUUUAGUAGGAAGGGCAUUUGUCUACUUGAGCAACCUGCUGUACCCGGUGCCCCUGAUUCACAGGGUGGCCAUUGUCAGUGAGAAGGGGGAAGUGAGGGGAUUUCUGCGUGUGGCUGUGCAAGCCAUUGCAGCGGAUGAAGAAGCUCCUGAUUAUGGCUCUGGAAUUCGACAGUCAGGAACAGCUAAAAUAUCUUUUGAUAACGAGUACUUUAAUCAGAGUGACUUUUCUUCAGUUGCAAUGACUCGCUCUGGUCUGUCUUUGGAGGAGCUGAGGAUUGUGGAAGGACAGGGUCAGAGUUCUGAAGUUACCACUCCUCCAGAAGAAGUCAAUCGAAUGAAUGACUUGGAUUUGAAGUCAGGCACUUUGCUGGAUGGGAAGAUGGUGAUGGAAGGAUUUUCUGAAGAGAUUGGUAAUCACCUGAAACUGGGCAGUGCCUUCACUUUCCGAGUGACUGUGCUGCAGGCCAGUGGGAUCCUUCCAGAGUAUGCAGACAUCUUUUGUCAGUUCAACUUUUUGCAUCGACAUGAUGAAGCCUUCUCCACUGAACCCCUCAAAAACAAUGGAAGAGGAAGUCCCCUGGGCUUUUACCAUGUACAGAAUAUCGCAGUGGAGGUCACUGAGUCAUUUGUGGACUACAUCAGAACCAAGCCCAUCGUAUUCGAAGUCUUCGGGCAUUACCAGCAGAACCCACUCCAUCUGCAAGGACAAGAUCUUAACAGUCCACCUCAGCCUUCUCGGAGAUUCUUCCCACCGCCCAUGCCACUCUCCAAACCAGUUCCAGCCACCAAGUUAAAUACCAUGAACAAAACCAGCCUUGGGCAGAGCAUGAGCAAGUAUGACCUUCUGGUGUGGUUUGAGAUCAGUGAACUGGAGCCUACAGGAGAGUAUAUUCCAGCUGUGGUUGACCAUACAGCAGGCUUACCCUGCCAGGGGACAUUUUUGCUGCACCAGGGCAUCCAGCGACGGAUCACCGUGACAAUUAUCCAUGAGAAGGGCAGUGAGCUCCACUGGAAAGAUGUGCGUGAGCUGGUGGUAGGUCGGAUUAGGAAUAAACCUGAGGUGGAUGAGGCUGCAGUUGAUGCUAUCCUUUCCCUAAACAUCAUCUCUGCCAAGUCCCUGAAGUCCUCCCACAGCUCAAGCAGGACCUUCUACCGUUUUGAGGCUGUAUGGGACAGUUCCUUACAUAACUCUCUCCUUCUGAACCGAGUGACACCGUAUGGAGAAAAGAUCUACAUGACCUUAUCUGCUUAUCUGGAGUUGGAUCAUUGCAUCCAGCCGGCUGUCAUCACCAAGGAUGUGUGCAUGGUCUUCUAUUCCCGAGAUGCCAAGAUCUCACCACCACGUUCUCUGCGAAGUCUGUUUGGUAGUGGUUACUCAAAGUCACCAGACUCCAACCGAGUUACUGGAAUUUAUGAACUGAGCUUAUGCAAAAUGGCAGAUACUGGUAGUCCAGGCAUGCAGAGGCGGAGAAGAAGAGUCUUGGACACCUCUGUGGCGUAUGUGCGGGGUGAGGAGAACCUAGCAGGCUGGAGACCUCGUGGGGACAGCCUCAUCCUGGAGCACCAGUGGGAGCUGGAGAAGCUGGAGCUGCUGCACGAGGUGGAAAAAACUCGACACUUCUUGCUGCUUCGGGAUAGACUUGGUGACAGCAUACCCAAGUCUCUGAGUGACUCAUUGUCCCCCAGCCUCAGCAGUGGGACCCUCAGUACCUCUACCAGUGUGUCUUCUCAGAUCUCAACCACCACCUUCGAAAGCGCCAUCACACCUAGUGAGAGCAGUGGCUAUGACUCAGCAGACAUUGAAAGCCUGGUAGACCGAGAGAAAGAACUGGCUACAAAGUGCCUGCAGCUUCUCACCCAUACUUUCAACCGAGAAUUCAACCAGGUACAUGGCAGCAUCAGUGACUGUAAGUUGUCUGAUAUCUCUCCAAUUGGAAGGGAUCCCUCUGUGUCCAGUUUUAGCAGUUCUACCCUCACUCCCUCCUCCACAUGCCCCUCUCUGGUGGACUCAAGGAGCAACUCAAUGGAUCAGAAGACCCCAGAAGCCAACUCUCGUGCCUCUAGUCCCUGCCAAGAAUUUGAACAGUUUCAGAUCAUCCCAACUGUGGAGACACCCUAUUUGGCCCGAGCAGGAAAACAUGAAUUUCUCAAUCUUGUCCCAGACAUUGAAGAAGUGAGAGCAGGGUCAGUGGUAUCUAAGAAGGGAUACCUGCAUUUCAAGGAGCCACUUUCCAGCAACUGGGCUAAGCAUUUCGUUGUGGUUCGUCGCCCUUAUGUCUUCAUCUAUAACAGUGACAAAGACCCAGUAGAGCGUGGCGUCAUUAACCUGUCUACAGCCCAGGUGGAGUACAGUGAGGACCAGCAGGCCAUGGUGAAGACACCUAACACCUUUGCUGUGUGCACAAAGCACCGCGGGGUCCUUUUGCAAGCUCUCAACGACAAGGACAUGAGUGACUGGUUAUAUGCCUUUAACCCACUUUUGGCUGGCACAAUAAGGUCAAAACUCUCUCGCAGAUGCCCGAGCCAGCUGAAAUACUAAACAAUUCUGCUGAGCCUUGCUCGCCUUCGACAGAUAAAGAAAGUGUUACCUCUCAUUCUCUUUGUGAUCCUUAACGGUUAUUCUUGUAUGUAAUCCUGUGGCUUAGCUACUUUUCUCUUUCAUCCAGCACUUCUCCAGCUCUCCUGUUCCCUAUCUCCAUGGUUCUGUACUCUUCUUUUUCUUGUGCUAAGACUUGUAGCAUGUGGCCUAACAAAAGGGGAAAAAACACUACACAUAUUCAUAUACACUCACACUCACCCAAACCCUGAGGGGAUCCAGCAAAUCUCCAAAUUAUUUUCCAGUGUACUUCAGCUUCUUUUUGAAUGGUAGAUCCCUCCAUAAUCUCUGUCUGUCUGUUGUCUCUGUAUAGCUCUGGUUUUCUGGGUAACUUCUCUCUCUGUCUCUGUUUCUGUCUCUCUCUCUCUGUCUCUCUCUGUCUCUCUCUGUCUCUCUGUCUCUCUCUCUGUCUCUCUGUCUCUCUCUCUCUCUCUCUCUCUCUCUCUCUCUCUCUCUCUCUCUCUUUCUUAUCCUAUUUAUGAUACUACUGCUUUUUCCUGGAUGGCUUAGAGACUACGGGAGGAGACAUUUGGCAAGUCAGCCCUUGAGAAAAAAAAAAAAACAAAAAAACUUGCUUUCCCUCCUAUCUUUUGUUGUUGUUGUUGUUGUUGUUGUUGUUGGCUAAUCCCUGCAUUUCCAUUCAGGGAAAGCUGUGGAAAGCUCAGAAAUGGGAUUGAAUUCUCUGUCCAAAUCAGGGCUUAGAGCAUAGAUUUAGAGUGGAAGAGAAGGAAGGGUCUGUGAUAGGCCUGCAGCGGCCGCUGCUGCUGGCCCUUUAAGGCCAGGCUGCUGCAGUAGGUCGGGCAGUGGCUCAGGAGAGUAACCCUUAGAUGAUGGCUGUGGUUACUCACAGCGGAAACUGCAGACUUUCUGUUGCGCAUCGGGAAGGAGGCUUUUGUCUAGGAGUUUCCCAACUCUGUCCUCAGCAUUCCUGGUACUGGCGACACUGUUUGGAAUUAUGUGAUGCCAUGAACAAAUACAUUCCCCACAGAGGGGAGUGGGGAGUGUUUGACUUCUGGGAGAAACUGGAGCAAGGUUGCUGUGAGAGUGCUGAGUGCAGCUUGUGAUUGUUGUAGCUCCCUUUGAUCAAAGAAUUGUAGCUUCAGUAUAAACUUUGAAGUCACCAUCGGAAUCCAGUGGCCAUUCCCAAUAAUGCUUGUCCCUUAUAAACCAACAUGGCAGGCUGUGUUUUCUGGAUGCCAGAAUUGACCAGUCCCCACCACCAUUCUAAACAAAUCAGAAGACACUUAGGGAUGAGGAGUGUCCUCAGCUGUCUGGUGGCUUGCUGUUGGAUCCUGACCUGUCCCCCACAUGAUUUGGAAAUGCCCCCUUAGAAAGAAGAAGAGCUCCCUGCUCCCAGUUUCUGUGGCUUCUCACAAACCAGGCCAGGGUUCAAAAGACCAUCAGAAAAUAGUGCUCUUCUUUUACCUGCCCGAAAGUGUGAGGGGCCUGAGCAGGGCACAGAAAGCCCUGGUUUGGCUCCUUCCGUUACUUGGCCAGUGACUGGGGCUCAUUCAUGCUGCUGUGUACAGGUCUUGCCAGCCUGUUUUUUCACCCCCACUCUGGGAGGGCCUCCACCCGAGUGUAGUGGUAGGAUGGAUUUCCCUGCUUGGCUCACUCUCCACAGCAGAGCAGCCACUAGGGAGGCCUGGGGGCAUGUAGCCCUUGCCUCUGACCUCUCAGUUGGGCUUCUCUUUGAAGAACAGGACUCCCAGCUCCCUUUGUUACUGUUGCCUUGCAAAGAAGAGGAAAAGUGGACCAUGAAGAAAAGAAAGGGCAGAAAUCAGACUGUUUUUAUCUAAAAAAUGAUCAACAAAUACUUUGGUGGGUUUUUAAAACUUUGUUUCUCUUCUUCAAGCAUAGGUCACUAACUGUAAUGUUACUUGUUUUCUAAGCAUAUGUAUGAGGGUUUUAAUGUAGUUAGAAGUCUCUGUUGUCUAAUGGAUACAACAUGCCCCUCUGGUGUAUACUCAAAUCCAGCAGGCUCUGUCUGUGCUUGGAGACAGCUUCCUGGACCAGAACUAAAUCUAAUUUCAGGGAAAUGAAGAUGAAAAGUCUCUUUUAAAUUAAAUCACCGAUGUUGCUGCUGUUAGAUGGAAGGAUCCGUGUCUGUGACGAGAGGUGUGAAGCCUGAGGGAGGGAAACUGUGUGACCCACUCACCCUCCAUGACUUGUGUUUUCUUUUAACACACACAACACUGGUGUAGAGUCUUUGCUUUGCAAAUACUGAGCGUUAGGAUGGACUGGACCACCUUUCACAAAUGCCCAGAUAAGGCGGCCUCGACAGGAGGCCAGGAAAUGUGGUGGUGUGUUUCUAUCUGCCUGCUCUUGCCGUAGCCCAUGCUCAGACUGGAAUCUGAGCAGUUUGGGGCCGAUGCUCCAUUUCCAGACUAGGUCAUCUCUGCCUUGAAGCUCUGAAAGAGGAAGGGUUUAUGGAAAGACCUGUUGGUGAGAUUUUUGUGGUUGCCAUGGUAGUAGGAAAGUUAAGACAACUAGCCCUCAAGAAGACUACCUUUUAAUUGUUUUUUUAAUUUUCAAAGCACUCCUUUAAACAAACAAAAAAACUCGAAUGAAAACAUAAAAAUUACAGAAAGUGAGUGCCACCUCCUUUCUCCCAAGCAAGUACAGCUUCAUAACCCCCUGACCAGUGCUCAGGCCUUGCCUGCUUCUGGGAGACGACCCUGGGAGUCAGUCAGCUCUCAGGCCCAGGCUGUGCGGGGCCAGGCAGUCCCUGCACAAGGUCAGGCAGGAGCACAGGCCAGGCUGCUUUCGAGCAGGCCUCUGAACUCCAUCCCUAAAUGAGAAACUUGAUGAGGCAAGGGCUGAAGUUUCAUCAACUAAGAAACCAUUAGUUUUCCCCUCCAGCUACAUGGAAUCUAUAUAUUUAUUACUUUUUCCAUUUUUUUCAUCUUGUCUAGAUGAAGGACUAAAGGCUGAUCAUGAAAGGUCUUUGGGGGUCUAGGGACAGAUGAUGUCUGGCAUGUAUUUCAAAGCAUAGACUUCAUUACCUGCGCUGUUUGUCUAGUUUACAGGGAGAUUUAAUGUUGUAAGGUGUUUGUAUAUUUAUACAGCUGUAAUGAAUUGCACAUUGGACUGACGGGAUGAUCUAACCCUGUAUGAUGCCUGCUGGGACUCUGGCACUCCUGAACAAUACCAGGGCUGGGUGCUCGUUUGGCAUGGGUCCUUCACUUUUCAUUUGGGUUCCUUUUUGAAAUUGUAAUCUUUAAUUUGCUCUAUGAGAAGAAAAGAAUAAUUCUGUUGCUGCUCUUAGAAGGUCUGCUGAAUGCAUUUGAAUAAAACUCUGGUGCUGUGCACUGCAGCCAUCCACCAUAACCAGUAUCCGCCAAGAGUGGGUAAGACCAAGACUGUGGAGUAAGUCAGAUCAUCAGCUAGAGAUGAUUGCUGUUACCGUUCAAAAGGCCAUUUAUGAAGUAGGUACUUGAGCUCUGUAAAAUCCUAAGAGCACCCUGACUAUCUUACAGAAAUUACGAGUUGAUACAGAGCUGGUGUUAAAAGCUCACAGUCAGAGGUUAGGGGUGUAGCUUAGUGAUAGAGCAUUUUGGCAGUUCUGUGUGAUGCCCUUGGUUCAGUCCCCAGUACUGCAAAUCAGAGACAAAAGCCUCCCAGUAGAUAGCUGCUCAGACAGAAAGUCCAGGCAGAGGUUGGUCUCAUGCCAAAUCCUGGAUGUUACACGUUGCUUGUCAUGUCUUUAAUUGUCUUUUUUCCCAUGCUGUGUAUUCUGGCAUCAGCUCUCCUAAGGACUCCACCAGCCUUCUCAUGGUUACACAUUGUCUUAGACUUUGUGGCUCUAAAGUACUUACAUGUUGAGAGCCAAGUCUCUCGUCACCAUCCCCAUGCUGUGACAGAACCCAUGAAGCAUAAGUGGCCUUUUUGAACCAAGACUUUGCAAACUGAUCUCUCCCCAGUGAAGGAGUUGAGCACAAGCAACAAUGUACAUUAUUAAUUUUGGAUUUCAUUUUCAUGUUUUAUUUUGUAAAUAUCUGAUGUUUGAAGCUUGAGUAUACAAAAUGUAAAUACAGUUCUUGUAUUUGUACUAAUCUUGAUUCUUUUGCUGUAUAGCCCUAGAUGUGUAAUGCAGACAUUAUUUAACUGUGUAUGGUAACCUUGCAUCACAGAGCUGCUAGUGAACGAGGUAAAAAUAAUAAAGGUACAACCAGUGCAUCAAUGA